GCGUAGACAAACUGAAGUAACGAUCGGCCUUCUUCAAAGAAUUUGACUUGGUCGGGCUCGAUCGGGGCGCUUGCUGAUCAGGACUAGCUCGUGCGACCCGCGACACAAAGACCAUCUGACGUUCGACUGCCUAGCCCGCAGCCAGGCCCGGAUGACACUCUGGGAAGAUAGUGGCUUGCUAAGCUAGCUUCACCAUAUAAGCGCCGCUCUUCACCCGGCCUUGAUCCGUCUGCAUACCUUAGAUAUCUUGUGGUUGACAUUUGCCAUAUGCCUGAACAACAGCUCUCUAGUUCACGCAAACGUCAACGCUCAGAGCGGCCUCAACCGAUUGAAAUGUUGCAACCGGCGUCGAAAAAGCAGAGGUUCAGCCAUCCUAGCGGAUCCCAACCACCGGCGGCAUUUUGGGAUAAGUUAUCGAAGAUCUGGUUGACGAAACGAGCGUUGAGAGAGCUAGACCGAAGAAACGCUCGAGCUUCUCCAAACCCACCCCGAUCACCGUAUCGACGAGUCCACCGGCCGGCCACUCGAAACUUCCUCGCUCAGUCAAAGAGAAAUCGCCAAACCCUCCAACACACCGCCGACUAUCUUCGCUGUUGCAAUCCGAGGACCCUAAAGGACGUAAAGCUGUUUAGCAGACACGGUGGUCCAGAUCUGUCGGACCUGAGGAAUUAUCCCGAAUCUAUACCUCCCGACCACACAAUGAACUCGAACCAGUUGAGUUCUCAGAGCCGACAACGGGGUUUAGUAAAUCCCCUAAGCACUAAGCCCACCACAACAAAAACCAAGAGCACUGGGGUCUAUGACCGUGACUUUGAACAACAUCUUAUUGAUUAUGGUGUUUAUCAUGACUUAUACGAAUACCCUGAUGGCAGCGUGCCUGCAGAGCCAAAUAACUGGGAGGAUAUUAACCAAAUAUUAGCAAGACCUCGGCCGUCUCUUUCACAAUUUUCCAAUAAAGACUUUAAAGAAUUCAAACGGGCAGACCACUAUGCCCGCAAAGAGAAACAAGUAUCAGAAUUGGUACUUCCUAUUAUUGAAGGCAAGAUCGCGGACGCUAGAUGCCGCUCGGGAGGAGUCCCGUUCACCAACCUCGACCCCCUGACAGAUGGCACGCUUACACCUGGGAACCCGGACGUCUACUACGGCGCGCGCCCAGAACAGCUCACUCAAAAAGUCCUCAACGAGCUUGGUGGGUAUAUCACUCCUUUAACGCAGCAUAACCUUCCCAUUGUGCCAAACUUUUUCCUGGCGGCCAAGGGGCCGGAUGAAUCUUAUGCUGUGACUGAGCGACAGGCUUGCUACAACGGCGCAUUGGGAGCGAGAGGCUUGCAUAGUCUUCAGUCAUACGGAAGAGAUGAGCGAAGAGAUGAGCCGGUUUCCGAUAACAACGCCUAUACUAUUACGUCACUUUAUUAUGGCGGCGCUCUCAAGAUAUACACUAGCCACCCUGCACAGCCAACUAGUCCCAGAGGUCAGCCUGAAUACCACAUGAAUCAGAUCAAUACUUGGGGAAUGACUGGGAACGUCGACACCUUCCGGCAGGGAGCCACUGCGUACAGAAAUGCGAGAGACUGGGCAAAAGAGCAGAGGGACGAAGCUAUUCGACAGGCGAACGAGAGAGCCAACCGUGUUGCAGCUGAAGCACCAGCACUAGCAGGUGAUGCAGCGGGUGAUGCAUCAGGAUCGCUGAAUGAAGAGGACUUCGAGGGAUCUGAUGGUUCAAUACAAGACUCUGCGGAACACAGAGUCCCAGCCAAACGUUCUCGUCGCCAACAACCUCAUGCGAAGCGACGCAAUACCGAUGUUAGCGGUGCUGAAGAAAGUGAUGGAUCCGCCGUAGUUCCCGGUGGAUUGGGGCGGGAGAGGAGGGGUGGGAUCACGGGCUGCGCAGACAGCAUACCACAAGCUUGAUUUAUCAACGCGACGCCAGAAGCCGACUACUAAUAUGCGGCCUGCACUGCCUGCGGAAGCCUCUGUGCUGCAAAUUGGAUAUGAUUACGUUAUACACUAGCUGCGCUGCGUGAAAAGCGAGAAAAUUAAUGAGAUGUAAAUGUCGCAACUUCUGAAAUUUG